AGAACUGCCGUACUGAGGCAAGGCUGCAAGGCUUUUAAAGUUACAUGUAGCUACAGUAGCUUGUCCUUAGUCCUAAAUUAGUGACCUAGAUUUUCACUAGAGAUGCGGUUAAAUGUUACGGGCGGGUGCAAAGAAGUAUUUCCGUUCUCCAUGUUGAAAACAGACAACAAGUCCUGUAGCUAAGUCGCCGUGUACGGGGGCGUGCAGCUUAUAGCAAAAGUUUUGCAAGGCAUUUGUUCAGAGUUAAAAUUCACGCUAAAAUAGCCAAAAUGGAGAUUCACGAAGGAGCAGCGGCAGCAGGCGACGGCGUCCUUGAUUUUUCACGUUUGAGUUUAAACACUUUUAGUGCUGAUAGUAUCAGCGAAGAGAGGAAGAGGGACACCAAACAGCUCUACCUGAGCUACAACCGGCUAGCCUUGCUCCCAUCGUCGGUCAGCGUUUUUUGCAACCUCGAGUUUUUGGACAUCAGCAACAACGGACUGUCGAUCAUCUGCGAAGGCGUUACGCGGCUGACCAGGCUGAAAACACUGUUAGCCAAGAACAACCGCCUGGACGAGUUUUCGCUGCCCAAGGAGUUCGGCUCUCUGCAGCUGGAGGUGCUGAACUUUAGCGGGAACCGAUUUGAGGAGAUCCCACUUCAGUGUACGAAACUGGUGCGUCUGCAGUCACUUUCACUCGGCGGAAACAGACUGAAAAGCAUACCUGAAGAGAUAGAGAAUCUAACCAGUCUGGAGCUGUUGUAUCUGGGUGGAAACCUAAUAUCAGCCAUUCCUCCUGAAGUGGCUAACCUGCCCUACCUCAGCUAUCUGGUCCUAUGUGACAACCGCAUCCAAAGUGUCCCCCCUCAGCUUACCAGGCUCCACUCUCUGCGAUCUUUAAGUCUCCACAACAACUUGCUCACUUACCUGCCGAGAGAGAUCCUCAGCCUGGUACACCUGCAGGAGCUCAGCCUCCGAGGAAACCCACUGGUGGUGCGCUUUGUUAAGGAGAUGACCUACGACCCCCCUUCACUGCUAGAGUUGGCAGGACGUACCAUUAAGAGCCGAAAUAUUCCCUACUCUCCCUGUGACCUGCCCUCAAAUUUGCUGCGCUACCUUGACCUGGCCAGCAAAUGCCCCAACCCCAAGUGUGCCGGCGUCUACUUUGAUUCAUGUGUGCGCCAGAUCAAAUUUGUGGACUUCUGUGGGAAGUACCGGCUGCCCCUCAUGCACUACCUGUGCUCUCCAGAGUGUACCUCUCCCUGCAGUUCCAACCCCCAGAGCGAUGCCGAGUCGGAGGACGAGAGCAGCGUGCCCGCUGACCGCCUGCAGAGGGUGCUUCUGGGAUAGUACGACAUGGAGGAACCUCUGACCUGCCCCAGUCUUGUCAGUCCGUCGCUGUGUUGAGCAUUUAUACAGACAUGAACUUGGCUGGCAGACUUUGCUACACAUAAACACACAUACACAAUUUUACACACACAUUCAUAAUUUUACAUAGAGCCACUUAAAAACACAGAAUGUGGAUUGUAAAGAAAUGUUUUCGCUCUCAUCACAUGUGACUCCACAUAACAUGAGGAAAGGAAUUAUUUCCCAUGCAGCCGUGUAAAUCCACAGGCUGUCAGUCAUGACUCCAUCAAAGUGCUGGUCUCAUGGUGGAUCAUAGGAGGGCACUCAAACUCUUGUUUGUACUGCGAACAUUGAAGGGGCAUACUUUAUCUUUAAUACUGCACAUGGUGCUUUUUUGUAACUACAGCACGUCAUUCUGUAUAUUCUGAGAGUUUGGAUAUGAACAGAGUGUUUUUUUUCCAACUACUGGAAACACACGGCAAGCUUUCAUCUGCAGUCCUUUUACCAAGGGAGCAUCACAGCUGCUAUGCUAACUGAGAAAAAAAGUCUGGGAUUUUUCAAUAUGUCAACAGAAACAAUAACAUUCAUUUUAUACUACAAUACUCUAAAUUGAAUGAGUACAAUUUGUGACACUUCCUUAUUUACACUUUACUACCUUAUAAACACUGGUUUAGUUAGGCUGUCCCACGCAAUAUUAAAAAACCAAGGUUUGUCCAUAUUUGUCAGCACAGUGGUCAUUUCACACCAGCCUUGACAAAUUUUGCCAUGUUGGCAUAGUUGUUAUGAAUUAACCCAGAAUAAGGGUUAUGUGCGUAUGUGGAAGAUUGCUUUUCCAGGCUUACUCACAGGAAGUGGAUGUGGGGUGGACCAGGGAAAACCAUUUCAUUCUGUUGGCACAGAAACAAUAGCUAUUCAGCAAAACACAGUGGCACCCUCCAUGUUUAUGUUCAGGGCUGUCGCUUUUCUCUGGCCAUAACUAUAUAGAUGUGAGCGAUUUGGAGCCUACAAUCAGAGAAUCAUUUUUGAGGCAGAAACGCGACUUCAUUUCUAAACAGAGAUGAUGGUGUUUCUGUCCCUGGUUACAUCACCGCUUCGUCUUUCAGCUUGUGUGGAAGGCUGGGAGGUUUUACCCUCCCAGCCAGUUUGUGUUGAUUACGGAGGAGGAAAAACUUCCUCACAUUAGACCUUUUAGUGUUUAGAGAACAGAGGAGCGCUCCUCUAUGUUACAGUAGAAUCUAUACGCGAGCAUUUAAGUGCCUUACUAAUGGUGACUUCUAACACAGUGAAACAGAGUCUGAAGAAAUGUGAUUCAUGCACCCUGAAAUGUGACAAAAUUAACAUUCUUGAUUAUAAAGUCCUUUAUAAGUGAUUUUGUACUCAUCAGCCUAGCAAUAAUAGAGAAAAAGUAACCUUUUAAUACCAAAAUGAAAUGCUUUUAUACAAUUCCCUUUCCAAAUGUUAAACAAAUAUUUAAAUGACCUGCAGAAUAGUUGGCACUUAAACAGAAAAUAUAUUGAUAUAUAUUAAUUGUAAGUACUUUUACCCAAUUCAGAUAAUGUAUGUAGACUGUACAGUUUAUAUAACAUUAAUAAAGACUGAUU